AUGGCGAAGGAUGCAGAGAGAAAGCGCAAGCUGGAGCAUGAUCAGCUCGACCAGACGACGACACCGAAACGCAUGAAGCCAUCGAAAGGCGACUCCACCAAGAAAGCAGCACCCAAGACGAACGGCGCCGAUAGUCCUCAAGUCGUUGUCGCAAGACAGAGCAGCCUGAAUGCUACAGCACAGCCCGACGAGGCUCCAAUAUUGAGCAGAACGCAAAGGAAGGCUGCUACGAAAAAGGCCAAACGCGAUGCCGAGUCCUUCUUGAAAGACAUGGCCCGAGAGAUACCUUCUUCGAGUGCUGAGCAGCACGAGGAGGAGCCUUCGCCGAGGUUUCAGAAGCAUAAGCACAGGAAGUAUGCUGAGGAUGUCGAGGAAGAAAGAGACGAGAUCCGAGUUGCGACGCCAGCCAAAGCCAAUGGUAUCAAGACAGAGACACAGACUGUCGUAAAGACGGAGGACAUCGAGCAAGCGGAUCCUGGUGCAGUUCAAACGAAGCCUAAAAAGAGCAAGAAGAGGAAGUCGCAGCAGCAGGAUGCUUUGGUGCCAUCGCAGGACGUGCAAGAACGGCGAAACUCAGUGGCGGACGUGUUGGACACAUCCGUAAGCAGCAAGAAGGAGAAGAAGGCGAAGAAGGCGCUGGAUAAGUCUGUUGCUACGUUCGAUGUUGGCGAAGCUAUCACCGCUCCCAACGCACACGGAUGGUCUCUUUCACCACCAGCUGCUGGCCGUUACCUGAACCACGACUCUCUGUUCGUGCAGGACGAGAAUGAUGAAGACUGCUUGAUUGCCGCGACCGUCCGUGAGGUGCAGCUGUUAUCGCUGGAGACGUCUUUGAUGAUAAGAUCCCACAUAGUUCCGGACGGCAGAAGCAUUGUAUGCUACUCCAGAAGUGCGAGCGAUCCAGACAGCGUGGACCUGGCCUACGAUAACGGCACGAGGGUGCAAUGGAACUGGAUCACAGAGGCUGUUGUGAGAGGCACAUUUCCGGCGCAGGAGAACAUCGUAGCCCUGACCACUUCCACGGCGAUCGAUGACAGCUUAGAGCAGUUCUACAUUACUUGCUCUGAUGAUGGCUAUCACUCCAUCAUUGGCGACCGAAAAGCAUUGUACACGACCCAAAGGAGACUUAACGGCAUCAAGGUCUUGCAUGAAGGCGUAUACAUUGUCUGCCUCAGCGCCACUGCGCUCAUUCUCGGAGCACGAAAGGCGCCAGACCAGCCUGACUACACCUGGGUUGAGGUUCCAGUAGACAUGCCACUGCAUUGUUUUGAUGCGAGAACGAUCUUCUCGCGUCCUGACAAGAAGAAGCAAAGCAAGCGACCAGAGCUGACUGUUGCAGUUGGCAACGCCGAAGGACAAAUCCACCUCUACUCAGACUUGUCUACCUUGUUCGUAUCUCCGUCACAAAUCACUCUACCGGCCCCAAGAGUGUUGCACUGGCAUCGCAAUGCUGUUUCUACUGUCAAGUUCUCCCAGGAUGGUCACUACCUCAUCUCUGGUGGCAAGGAGACAGUGCUUGUGCUUUGGCAGCUGGAAACCGGCAAACAGCAGCACCUUCCCCAUCUCGGAUCAGAAGUUGAACGUGUAGUUGUCAGCCCAGAUGGUACUCGCUACGCUUUGCAUAUGGGUGACAAUUCGAUCAUGGUGCUUAGCACUACCGAGCUAAACCCAGUGGCCAACUUUGCAGGUCUUCAAUUACCAGUUGUCACCGAAAGCAUGGUUGCCCAGGGAAUAAUGCUUCCACGCACGAACGCGAUACUGCAUCCUAAGGAUCCUUACCAACUUCUGAUGACAGUGCCGUCAACUCAACCAAAGACUGUGCAAGAUGUGGCCACCCGACCCUUCCUGCAAGCAUUCGACAUCCGCAACUCGCGCCACAUCAGCAGGCAGGCGUUGAGUCGAAACAACAUCACAGACUUUACUACCGGCCCUGAAAAGACGCUCAUUUCCCCCCCCGAUGUAGCCCUCAUGGCGGUAAGCACUGAUGGGAAGUGGCUCGCCACUGUCGAUGAGUGGGUCCCGCCCGGAACAGACCUGGAGCAUGUUCUGGCCAAGACUGCUGGGCUGGAUAUCGCUGAAGUCAUCGAGCUGCGAGAAGAACAGCAGCGCAGGCGUGAGAUACAUCUCAAGUUCUGGCGAUGGGACGAGGCACAGGAGAUGUGGACCUUAAGCACGAGAGCAGACUCACCUCACGCACUAUCAUCUAGUGCGAAUGCUGAUGCUGGACCUGGCCGAAUACUCAAGCUCGUGUCAGAUCCCACCUCGAACAGCUUUGCCACCAUUGGUGAGGAUAGUAAGAUCAAGGUCUGGCGGCCGACAACCAGGACGAGACACGGCGUCCCGCUGAAGGAGGCAGACGGCAGGGACUCGAUCGACUACGUCUGUCGGCAUACUGUCCCAUUGCCGGUACCGUCAGAACUCCCAGAUCGUGCCGACUCGCCAAUGGAGGACGCUGAAGACAAUGAAAAGGAAGAGAUACUGGAAGAUGCAUGCCUCGUCUAUUCUCAAGAUGGCUCGAUGCUCGCUUGCGCUCAGGUCUCGAAUAAUGACAACGCGCUGCCGCUAGUCCACUUCAUCUCGCCCAAGACUGGUGUCCUCAUCACAUCGAAAGCUGGACUCGUUGCCGCCGAGCAGGAGCUUCUCGACUUUGGCUUUCUCGACCGAUACUUCAUCAGCCUCUCUACAGGAUCCGUACGCGUGUGGAACUUGAUCGAUGACAGUCAUCACUUUACCAUUGGUCUCUCCGCGCGAGAGGACCAAGAGAAUGCCGUGCUUGCUCUGAACCACUUUGACGAGACGUUUGCGAUAGUAUCGUACGAUCCAGUCAGGGGCACAGAUGAGCCAACGCCGAAGGUCCAAGUCUACAGCACCAAGGCACCACAAUGUCUCUUCGAUUUGAACCUCGUGGCCACUCCAGCCGCGAUCUUGGCUGGUAAUGGUGUGAAGGGCUUCACGAUCCUGUUCGAGGAUGGCACAAUCCGGACACUUUCUUCAAGCACGGCAUCAUCCGUUCGUCGCGGCAGUAUCUUUGACAAGGCUAUCACCGAAGAUCCAGUCACCAACGACUCUGCAUUGGCGAUCGUCGAAGACACAGAAGGCGAUCAGCUCCUCGCCGGCAUGGGCAAUCUCGCGCUUCCAGCCGGCGAAGCCAUCGGUGAUAAUGUUGAAGAUGAUAGACCUGUAAUAAGACCGGAGCAACUAGCCGGCGUCCUCGAUGUCGGACAAAGCUUCGCCCUGCCACCUGUGAGGGAUAUGUUCCAGAAUGUGGUUGAGCUUUUUGCACGCAAACCAAGGAGGAAUUUGGUGUCGGCUGUGGAUGAUAUGGUCAUGAUUGAUGCGUGA